GUGUGCUUGGUUUUUAUUAUCUUAUCUUGGACUCGUAUUGUGAAAUGACGCGCAGGCCAAAAAUGUUCGUUCAAUGAUUAAUCAAAUCAGUUGUUUGGCUGUGCGAACGCGUUCGUCUCUGAAUCUGCCAGUUUAUCCUUCAGCGCAUAGAUAAAUAUGGUUAUAUGGCUACAUUCGGUAUUUAUCGACAAUUUGCGGUCAAGUUGAAUGCUUUGAAUUGAGUCGAAAUAGCUGACUACUUGGAAUUGCGAGCUUUAGUUUCAAUUUGCCAACGAUAGCGCGCGCACCUCGAUAGCGGAAUACUUAAGAUCGCCACUCGUAGCCGAGCCAUGUACAAAUCUAGCUAUGUCUUGGGUGUUGCGCUGCUGCUGGUGCUUCUAUCCACGUGCUGCAGGGCGUACGAGGAGCGUCCAGAUUUCUGCAUAGAAACGGAGCCGAUGCUCUUGGCGGAUAUCAAACGGCAAAUGGUUGCUCCUCUACAAAAUCAAUCGAAAUGCAAUAUAACCGCAACAUUAUUGACGCCAAAUGAAAAGGAAAGACUGUAUGAUACCAUAUGCGCGGACCACGGCUCCUUGACUAUCAAACGGAGCAAUCAUCACUUCUUCAAGCUGCUCAACGGCGAGCUCUAUGGGCGUGGAGAACAGAACGACAUAUGCAAGGGAGGAGUGGACUCAGUGCUGGCCUGGGUGCCGUACAAGAUCAUGAUGCAAAACUAUGCGACUGAACUUAAUCCCAGCGAGCGACUCAGCUACAUAGCAAAGGCGACCAGUGUGGAGCGCGAGAAGACGGAGCUCUGCCACUUCCGGCACACCGAUCUGGUCAACAACGUGAUGGACAGUCUGUUCACCUGUGUGGUCAUGAUCUUCGAGGAUAACUUUUAUGGCAUAGAUGACAGCAUCAAUGUUUUAGUGGAGCUGCAGCCGGUGAUGUACCAGCUACGCAACAUCACCUACCAGCCGUGGCGCAACAUCACCAAUAGCUACAAAAUGCGCCUCGGCGACGGCGUGCUCAAGAAUCCCAGCGCCCAGCGUAAGCCCAUCUAUGGCAGCCUUAGCUAUGCAUAUGUCGAGAAGAUUCGCUUGAACACGAGCAGCUUCUACAACGACGAUCAGCUGGAGAAAUUGCCGCUGCUGCUCGAGCAUCGCGGCGCUAUGGUGGAGCUAGAUAUAGACGGUGUAGGCGGCAUAGAUGUUCAGGAGCAGGCGUUUUUCGGACGAACCAUGGAUGCCCGCAGCGAGGUGAAGGUUCAAGUGAUUGGCCAGUGGAUGGAUCUGCAUAGAGAGAUUAGUGCCGACCUGUACAAUUAUUAUGGCUUCGGCCUGCAACAUUACAGGCAGCACAUAUCUGGUGUCCAACUGACGUUCGUACGCAUCGACGACACUGAGCCGGCAUUCGAAUCACCGGAAUCCAAUAAUCUGGUCAAAGCGUCGUUGUUCCGGGACAUGGAUUCAGCGCCAGCCAGGAUGAGCGUAAAUGGUUCAGCAGUAUUUACGGAGUGGGAGGCGGAACAUCAGCAGGCUGAUGAUUCCUUCUAUCCCUGGUUUGUGAUCAGCUGCCUGCUCUUUGGCAUAAUUGUGCUUAUCCUGGUUUACGGAAUUGUUCGCGUCUACAAUAAAAAGACUAAGGAGAGGCAAAAGUACGAGCUGGCCAACACCAGUAGCACACAGGCCAAUGCCGCUUAGAAGUUAAGCAACAUUUUUAUACGUUCCAUACAGGAAAUUCUAAAAAUUUUGUU